UGUCAGGGCUGACAGCACACACGGCCUGGGAGCCUAGAGAAGGGUUGCUGAUCACCCGCCACCCGGGGUCGGGGCCCCGCACCAUCCGGGGGCGAGCUCCCGGGAAGGGGCUCCCCCUCUACACCCACCCCCCAACCUCUGACAUCGCCGGCCGAACGAGAGCUGCCGCUUCCUUCCCGGCCCCGCUGCACCUCCCCGGGGAGCCGUGGGCGGGCGUGGACGGCACCGACGUGGAACGCGUUCUGUAGCCCAGACGGGCGGCCCCGGCGGCUUCGGUUGUGGGGACACGCCCAGCUGAAGAAGCGGUCAGGGUGGACGAAGCAGGAGCCGCGGGGCUCGGAGGAUCCCAGUCCGAGUGCAGCAGAUCCUGGGGAGACGAGAGCCUCGGAAGCCGCCAGCCCCAGAAGAUGCCUGCCUUCAACAGAUUGUUUCCCCUGGUUUCUCUCGUGCUUAUCUACUGGGCCAGUGUCUGCUUCCCCGUGUGUGUGGAAGUGCCCUCGGAGACGGAGGCUGUGCAGGGCAACCCCAUGAAGCUGCGCUGCAUCUCCUGCAUGAAGAGAGAGGAGGUGGAGGCCACCACGGUGGUGGAAUGGUUCUACAGGCCCGAGGGCGGUAAAGAUUUCCUUAUCUACGAGUAUCGGAAUGGCCAUCAGGAGGUGGAGAGCCCCUUUCAGGGGCGCCUGCAGUGGAAUGGCAGCAAGGACCUGCAGGACGUGUCCAUCACUGUGCUCAACGUCACUCUGAACGACUCUGGCCUCUACACCUGCAAUGUGUCCCGGGAGUUUGAGUUUGAGGCGCAUCGGCCCUUUGUGAAGACAACGCGGCUGAUCCCCCUAAGAGUCACCGAGGAGGCCGGAGAGGACUUCACCUCUGUGGUCUCAGAAAUCAUGAUGUACAUCCUUCUGGUCUUCCUCACUUUGUGGCUGCUCAUUGAGAUGAUAUAUUGCUACAGAAAGGUCUCAAAAGCCGAAGAGGCAGCCCAAGAAAACGCGUCUGACUACCUUGCCAUCCCAUCUGAGAACAAGGAGAACUCUGCAGUACCAGUGGAGGAAUAGAACAGGAGCAGUGUGACAUGAGGUGGCCUGAACACCUGAGGGACUGGACAUCCCAUGUUCAGCAAUGUCAAUGGCAUCAGGAGGGUGCCCCAAGGGCCCCAUUGCAUCCCUUCAUGCAUCCAUCCUUCUAUUCAUUCAUCCAUACAUCCACCUGCCUCUGAGCUUUCACCUCUGACUUCCUAACUCCAUCAGACCUCUACGUACCAUAAGACUCUGCCAGAACCGAGAAGCCAACAUUUCUACAUAGACUCAACCUCACCCUGUCCUAGUUUUCGAACAAGACACUCCAAAGCCAACUGGAUUUCUCCCCUGUGCUCCAAAUGACUUUGUACAAGUGCUGGAGUUAGCACCUCCCUCUGCCCUUAACUGGCUGGAACUGGUUCAUUCUCCAUUACUGCAAGAGAAUGGAUGUCUUAAUAGAAGGAAGCAGGAGUGAUUAGUUCGGGUUACAGCAAAAGUGUGUCAUGAACUUGGAUUCCUUGAAGUCAGUUUUGUCAAGUUCAUGGCCCACUUUGCUACAGCAUCAGAGUGAAACAUGCCUGUCUAGGUUCUCCCAUGACAGAAAGAUCCUGAAGCAUGGACUAACGUGCUCUCUGGAGCUUAAUUCUCCUGAGCUAGAUCCUGAUGGGUCUCUAAGCUACCCUCCAAGAAGACAAGGACAGGAGACUUGGGAAGGACCAAUGGCCAGCUAACCCUCAGAGCCAGCAAUGCUCUGUGCUUCCUCCCUGUGUCACCGCUUGGCAAGAGCUGCCUCUGCUCAGCAGUGUGUGUGAUGGAGAGGGAGGCCGCUGAAGGCCAAGUGCUUGCAGGCUUGUGAACCGCCAUCCAACACAAUCCACACCCUCUUAGUCUUCCAACCACCUAAGCCCUCAACAACAUAAUGCCUGUAUGUGCUAUUUUUCAGUAAACUCCUUGUUCAUGUCAAUAAAGUAUCCCUAAAAACCAC